CGGCGCGAGCCAGCGCGGAGGAGGCGGCGGCGGCCCCGGCGGCGCGCGGGGAGCGGCGCGGAGCGGAGCGGCACCGGCCCCACCGGCCCCAGCGCCGGGACCACCGGCCGCGCUCUGGGAUACCUACAACACGUGCUGACACCGGCCUGCGCUCUGGGUUCUGCUGCUGGGCUGCCGGGGUUUUUUUAAUACCUCUUUUCUUUUUUCAAUUUUUUUUUUUUCAAAUUUUUUUUUUAAUUUUUUUUUUUUUUUCCUUACGAUUUUUGGCCGAAGGGACCCGAUACCUCCCAGCGCCCGUCCCCCGCCGGGGCAUUCCCGCCCCCCUCCCCGCCCGCUCCCCGCGCCCCCGUUGUGCGCUGGAGCCGAGCGCUGCCCCGGGCUCUCCCCGUCCCGCGCCCCCGCCGGCCGCCCCCGCCGCUCCCCGCCUGGCUCCGCGUUGGCAGCCGAUGUAGGGCACGGCGCGGCGCGCCCGAGCCCCAGCGCCGCCACGGGAGCGGCCCCGCACCGCCGCAGGCGUCGGCGCAACCCCCGCGGCGCCGUCUAUGCCCGCUCCGCGCUCCCUCCCCGCCGCCUCCCCCAUGGUGCGGCCCCGCCGCGGGCCGUCGGCGAGUCGCUGGGCAGGGCCGCGGGGAAACGAACCGCCGCGCCGGGUGCUGCGGGCAGCCCUGCGAGGGCGGCGGGUCUGAGAUGAGAUAAAGCCGGCGGCGGAGCGAGGAGCCCCGCGGAGGGGGGUGGCGGGGCGGGGGGUGGCGGCGGAGAGCGACGCGACCCCCGGCCGCCACCGUGUCGUAUGUUCAGGUCCAAACGCUCAGGGCUGGUGCGGCGACUUUGGAGGAGCCGCGUCAUUCCGGACAGGGACGGCGGAGAUGGGAGCGCCAGGAGCGGCCACGACCUCGGAGUCACCGGUAGUUUUAAAAUCCCGGAGAAAAACCCUUCGGCGGAGAUCCGCGCGGUAGCGCGCAGCUUACUGCGGGAGGCGGAGGAGCGGCGCGGCGGGGCGGGCGAGGCGGCUCCGCGCCGCGGGGACCCCAUGGCGGAGCGGCGAGGGGCCCGGUUCCGCGCCCCGCCGCGACGGGAGGGCGCCGAGGGGGAGAGCCCGCGGCGGGCGCAGGAGAGCGACGGCCGGACGGUGACCUGCUGCCUCUUCACGGACCGGGAACCGGGCGACCCCCAGGCCCCCGCCGCCGCCUUUGGCCCCCCCAGCCCCGACGGCGCGACCGACGGCGGCUCCCCGGAGCGGCGGGGCCGGGAAGGGCGGUCGCGGCUGCUGCUGCUGGAGCAGGAGCUGAAGGCCGUCACCUACUCGCUGCUGAAGCGGCUGAAGGAGCGCUCGCUGGACAGCCUGCUGGAGGCGGUGGAGUCCCGCGGGGGGAUGCCCAGCGGCUGCGUGCUGGUGGCCCGCACCGAGGUGCGCUUGGGGGGCCAGGCUGCACCCCCCCACCUGCUCCUGGGCAAACUCUUCCGCUGGCCCGACCUGCAGCACCCUGCCGAGCUGAAACCCCUCUGCGAGUGUCAGAGCUUCGGCGUCGCCGACGGACCCACCGUCUGCUGUAACCCCUACCACUUCAGCCGCCUCUGUGGGCCAGAGUCUCCACCACCUCCCUACUCUCGGCUGUCUCCUAAUGAUGAGCAAAAGCCACUGGAUCUAUCAGAUUCCACGUUGUCUUACACUGAAACAGAGGCUACAAACUCGCCCAACGUCACACCCGGAGACUUCUCAGAUGCCAGCACGUCGCCCGAUGCCGUGAAGAGGAGCCAUUGGUGCAACGUGGCCUACUGGGAGCACCGGACGCGCGUCGGCCGCCUCUACGCAGUGUACGAACAGUCUGUCAGUAUCUUUUAUGACCUACCUCAAGGAAACGGCUUCUGCCUCGGACAGCUAAACCUGGAAAACAGGAGCGAGACUGUGAGAAGGACUCGAAGUAAAAUCGGAUACGGGAUUUUACUGAGCAAAGAACCGGACGGCGUGUGGGCCUACAACCGCAGCGAGCACCCCAUCUUCGUCAACUCCCCGACACUGGACAUCCCCAACUGUAGGACUCUGAUCGUGCGCAAGGUGAUGCCGGGAUAUUCCAUCAAGGUGUUUGACUAUGAGAAGUCCUGCCUCCUGCAGCACGUGGCCGAGCUGGAUUACGCCGACGGGCCCUACGACCCCAACAGCGUGAGGAUCAGCUUCGCCAAGGGCUGGGGGCCCUGUUACUCCAGACAGUUCAUCACGUCGUGUCCUUGUUGGCUGGAGAUUCUACUCAGUAACAAUCGAUAGCAGUCAGCCUCUGACGAGAGGAAAAAGAGGAAAAAAAAUUAAAAAAAAAGAAGACACAGACUAUCCCAAAUAUCAUCUACCUAGAUUUAAUAUAAAGUUUUAUAUAUUAUAUGAAAAUAUAUAUUAUACUUGUAAUUAUGGAGUCAUUUUUACAAUGUAAUUAUUUAUGUAUGGUGCAAUGUGUAUAUGGACAAAAACCAGAAAAUGCACUUUGGCUUAUAUAAUUCUUUCAAUACAGAUUUUUUUUUUUUUUUUUCUAAAAAGAAAAGAAAAAUUAUACAGCAAAAAUAGGAGAAAGCCCUAAUUUUGAUGUAUGGUUUUUUGAAAUAUUAUUAAUACCCAGACAAAAAGCUAAUACCAGUCACUCAUUGAUAAUAAAGUAUUCGCAUUA